AUGGCUUCCUCCACACUCUUCAUCUCUCUUAUCCUUCUCUCUCUCUUCUCACUUUCUUCCCCUUUAACCUCUGAAACCGUCCUCGACGCCGCUGAAAUUUUGUCCAACAAUGGCUUCGUCUCCAUGGCUCUUACGCUUGAGCUCAUAGCCGAUUCUUUACUGUCUCAGUCUAAUUCAAUCACAAUCUUCUCACCUCCAGAUACUUCUUUUGUUCAAUCUGGUCAGCCUUCGCUCUCUCUCCUUCGAUUCCACUUCUUGCCGCUCUACUUAUCUUCUGGAAGCCUCAGAUCGUUCGCGUUUGGCACCAAGAUUCCCACUAUGUUGCCCUCUCAAUCGCUUACGGUAACCACUCCCCAAUCCGAUUCCGUAAUUUCUUUGAACAGAGUUAAGGUUAGUAGCUCACCGUUUUAUGACGACGGUUUGCUUGUUGUUUAUGGUAUCGAGAAGUUUUUUGACCUAAAAUUCCACAGUCCGAAUAUGAAAUUUCGUUGUGAUUUAUUGACGAUUAGGAAUCCGUUUGGUGAAGCGAUAGAAACCUUAAGAUCUCAUGGAUAUUCUUCGAUGGCGUUGUUUCUUGAAUCUCAAAUUCUAGGGUUUAGUAAUGGUCAAUCAUCCAUGAUGACCGUGUUUGCUCCUUCCGAUGAUGCGUUAGAGACUCGCGUUGAUAAAUUCACUGAUUAUCCGUCUCUGUAUUUUCGUCAAAUUUCGCCGUGUAGAAUUUCAUGGAAUGAUCUAGUGGAUCUUGAAGAUGGCACAGAAUUAUCAACAUAUUCUGAAGGAUAUACAAUUUAUGUAACGAAAUCAAGCGGAAUGUUGAGAAUCAAUGGAGUUGCGGUGUUCUAUCCUAACAUGUAUUUGAAUGAGUGGUUAGUUGUUCAUGGCCUUCUUGAUGUGUUUCCUGUGGCAGAGAGAAUUUCAACUGUGGAAUCAGAUUCAGAAAUGAGAAGCAACAAUCAUGAAAUGUCAAUAAUUGAUCAUAACUUGUAA